AUGGAGCGGCCGCGAGGAAGCCUCGAGGACUUGAGCGUCGCGACGCCGUGCUCGCCCGGCGCCGACUACCACUCCGCACCCGAGCUCAGAGGCCGCGCUUCCACGCCCGCCUCUGCGCCGAGCGUGAGCGCGAAAUUUCACAUCUUUGACGGUUUGGAGACUGACCGGUUGGAGAAUGACCGGUUGGAGAAUAGUCGGUUGGAGACCGACCGACGGGGAUGGGGCUGUUUCCUCACGCGGCGUUUCCCCUCGCUCCCGCUCUCCCCCUCUCUACCCUCUCCCCCCUCCUCUCCUCCUCUCGCCCCCUCGCUGUGUGCAGCGCAGGUGGCGUCAGUGGCGCAGUGGUGCACGUUCAACAUCAUCAUGAUCCUCGUCAACAACGAAAUCUUCCAGGUGCACCCACCCACUCACCUUCCAGCCGCCGCCACUCAUCUCACUCGCUCUCGCCAUGCUCCAAAAAGUACAGCAUGCUCGUACUGUCAUUCGCUCCCACAACUUAUUGUUAACAUGGCUAUCGUGUCUGUCUCUCCAGUCUACCUACUUUCCCUCAUUCCCCUCUGUGCCUUGCCUCCGCCCCUCUGCCCCCCGCACCUUCCCACCUCCCCCCCUGCCCGGGCCCCCCUGCAGCGGUACGGCUUCACCUUUCCGCUCACGCUCACCGCCAUUCACUUCGCGCUUUCAUUCGUUGGUGCCUUCACAGCUAUCGAGAUCCUGCAGGUGUGUCCGAAGGCGGCGGUGGAGGCGGGGGAGAUGGUGGCGUGGGUGCUGCCCAUGGCGGUGGUCACGUGCUUCAACGUCGUGCUCGGCCAGCUCUCCCUGCGCUACGUGCCGCUGCCCGCCCUCCUCUCCACCAAGGCCCUCUCGCCCGGCCUCACAGUGGCCAUCCAGGCGCUGGCGCUACAGGCGGAGUACGACUGGCGGCUGUGCCUCUCACUGCUGCCGGUGAUGGCGGGCGCCAUGCUGGCCUACGCGCCCUCAGUGCACUUCGCGCUGCCCACGUUCCUCUCGGCGCUGUGCUGUGUGGUGCUGGGCUGUGCCACCGUCAUCUGUGCCGAGGUGUUGCUCAAGGGCAAGCAGUACAGCCUCGACUCCCUCAACGCCCUGUACCAGCUGGUGCCCUACUCGGCGCUCAUUCUUGCGCCACCAGCAGCAGUGCUGGAGGGGUGGCAGCUGUGGGGGUGGUUCGUGGCCCAGGCCAACCCCUGGCCCGCUGUCAUCGCCAUCCUCAUUAGUGGCUGCUUCGCGUUCUGCCUCAACUUCUCGCUAUUUUACACGAUCCAAAAGACCAGUGCGCUGACGUUCAACGUGGCAGGCAAUCUAAAGCUGGUGAUCACACUCGUCUUCUCCUGGCUGCUCUUCCGCACGCCCAUGGCCCCCAUCAGCCUGCUCGGCUGCCUGCUGGAGCUCGUAGGCGUGGUGUGCUAUGGCUGGGCUAUCUUCUCCAUGCGCAAGCAACAGGUGGAACUGCUGCGAUCACCCUCCGCGCAGGUUAGGGUGGAGCAGGAGGCCAGUGAUGACAUUGUGCAGGUGUACUUGGGAGCCAUGCUGUAA